AUGGAUUUUCUCUCCGGUCUUCCCAGGACAGGUGGGAUGGAUUGCAUCUUCGUGGUAGUGGAUCGUUUGUCCAAAUACGCCCACUUUACUGGACUCCACCACCCGUUCUCAGCAAAACAGAUCGCAGACCUGUUCACUAAAGAGAUAGUGAGGCUUCAUGGCAUCCCAAGAUCCAUCGUUUCAGACCGAGACCCAAUUUUGCUUGAGCUCAUUUUGGCAGGAGUUGUUUCGAGCUACGGGUACCAAACUCAAGAUGAGCUCCGCAUAUCACCCAGAAACGGAUGGCCAAACGGAGGAAACUCUAACAACCUAUGCCCAACUUCACAUUGUCCAAACAACACCUUGCCUGUCAAAUACCCUUUCAGAAUACAAGGCUAUCACACUCCACAGUGCAGCUAUACUGAUCUCAGAUGCAGCAGUGAAGGUGCAGUGAUCAUAAACCUUCCUAACUUCGGAGAUUUCUACGUACGAGACAUACGUUAUGGACAAGAAGACCCUCUGAUCUUGCUCUAUGACCCUCAGAAAUGUCUCCCUAAGCGAUUCAUGGCCUCAAACUAUUCGUCGUUCAAACCUGGGAAGGCUGCAUAUUUUCUUUACUACACCUUCUACAGCUGCCCUCCUGAAGAAAUUGCUCGGACAGGAUUUCCGACCAUUGCUUGUCUAAGCAACUCCUCGAGUGCUGUAGUAGCUACUCACGCAGUUUCAAGGCAGACGAUGACAGACAUGUAUAGCUGCAAGGAGGUUGUUACCUCAUCUGUGGCAGUUGCAGGGCGCGUUCCACCAGAUUUUAUUGGAGACGAGACUGAUUUUGCUUUGGAAUGGCGUGCCGGUAGCUGUGUGAGUUGCCCUUAUAUGGGAACAGGAGUGGUUUCGGGUCCUGUUUGGAUGGCCUUAGUUAUGAUCGUUUACUCUACAAUAAUAGUGCCGGGUAUAAUCUGCAUAGGCUGCUGUGUGAGUUUCAUCUCAAUGUUUAGGAAGGAACUCAAGGCGAAUAGGUCAAAUGCACCUACUAGCAUCUCAAAUGCACCUUAG